UGCGCGCCGCGCCCGCGGCGGGCGGCCGUGGCCGCGGGGGCGCCGCGCCCCCCUAUGUGGCGGGCCGCGGCGCGUGCGGAGGCGCUCGCGGGCCGCAGCCGCGGCCGAUGGGCGACGCGUGCAGCCGCGCGUGCGGGCUGUCCUCCGGGCGCCCGGAGCCAGAGGAGGGCCUGGACCUGCGGCCGGAGCUGCGGGCUGCCAUGGCAGGAGGCCACGGGGCAGAGAUGACCUCCAAGCUGAGCAGGCAGCUCUCCAAGGCCGGCGAGAAGUGCGAGGACUGCGACGGCUGGGGCUUCGUCAACGCGGACUCCUCCGACGAGGAGGACGGCGAGGGAUCUGGCCCAGACAAACAGUGCCACCGCAUGGAGUGCCCCGCCUGCCAGGGCGGCGGCAUCAUCCUCGGCGGGCGGGCCAGGACCACGCAGAGAAAGACAAUGAAGACGACCUCGUCUGGCGGCUCUGCAGGGCCCUGCGACCCUAGCUGUGCGUAGGGAGGUGGAAAGGAGAAGGAGGACGACCACGACGACGAGAAGGGGGAGGAUAGGGGAGCAGAUAAGAAACCAGCCUGCCAGCAGACUCCCGACGGACAUAUUUGACAGCCCCGAAAUAUUCACUGAAGUCUUUGGGCACCUCAGGAGGGUCAAUAUGUGGCUGGC